AUGGCAGGAAACCUUAAAGUCCACACGAGGAUUCACGAUGGAGAGAAGCCUUUCACUUGCCAACAGUGUGGAAUAAGUUUCACUCAAAGAGGAAACCUUAAAGUCCACACGAGGAUUCACGAUGGAGAGAAGCCUUUCACUUGCCAACAGUGUGGAAUAAGUUUCACUCAAAGAGGAAACCUUAACGUCCACAUGCGGAUUCACACUGGAGGGGAAUCUUUCAUCUGUAAUCUGUGUGGAAAGAGCUUCACACGAAAAGCAGGUCUUAAGAUUCACAUGAGAAGUCACUCUGGAGUGAAGCCGUUCACAUGUGAUCAGUGUGGAAAGAGUUUUAGAUAUAAAGACGACCUUAAUAAACACACGAGGAUUCACUUAAGAAAGAACAGUUUUAAAUGUCAUCAGUGUGGAAGGAGUUUCACAGACAGCAGUCACCUUAAGAAUCAUGUAAUAACCCACUUCGGACAGAAGCGUUUCAUGUGCCUUCAUUGUGGAAAGGAUUGCAAAAACAACGCAAACCUUGAGGUUCACGUAAGGAUUCACACGGGAGAGAAGCCUUUUGUCUGCCCUCAGUGUGGAAGGAGUUUCUCAUUUAGAGGAAACCUAAAGAUUCACAUAAGAGUUCACACUGGAGAGAAGCCUUAUACCUGCCCUCAGUGUCCAAAACAUUUUAUGUAUAAAAGAGACCUGAAACGUCAUUUGCAAACAAUGGUCUGUGCAUCGCAAGACGUUUAGGAAAAGGAGCCAUUUAAAAAAUCACUUGUGCAUUCACUCUGGAGGUGUUUUGGGCCAUUAUUGUGUUGAAAGAGUGCCCCGUGAUGAAGGGCAAGGAGUGAUGGUAGCAUCUUUUCUUUCAGUAUUUCAAUAAACUUCAUCUGUCAAUAAAUUGAUAUUAGGCCCAGUAUGUUUAGGAUCUAUGUUAAAAUUAUGUUUCUUUUCAACCCUUCCAAGCAAUGUGAAAGCACAGUUGUUCAGAUAUAUGUCUGUAUGAAGCAGCAUUAGACACUCCAAAAGACUGGAAAGAGCUGCAACAGUGCUGACCUUGGGAGAAGAUAAAAAGUUAAAAACUGAUCAUUUAUAAUAAACACUGCGAUGUUCAUUCAU